GGAAGGAUGAGGUCCUCCCUGAUGCCUUUGGGGCCCCCUGUGAGCCGGGACCGUGUCAUCACCAGCUUCCCUAAGUGGUACACACCUGACGCCUGCCUGCAGUUCAAGGAGCAUUUCCACGGGCAGGUCAGCGCAGCCUGCCAGCACAGGACCACGGGCACUGUGGGGCUCAGAUUCUCCAAGGUGGUUGUCGUUGGCGAUCUCUACGUGGGGAAGACAAGCCUCAUCCACAGGUUCUGCAAGAAUGUUUUCAACCAUGACUACAAGGCCACCAUUGGGGUGGACUUUGAAAUCGAGCGCUUUGAGAUCGCUGGGAUUCCCUACAGCCUCCAGAUCUGGGACACAGCCGGUCAGGAGAAGUUCAAGUGCAUUGCAUCUGCCUACUACCGGGGUGCCCAGGUGAUCAUCACGGCCUUCGACCUCACUGAUGUGCAGACUCUGGAGCACACCAGGCAAUGGCUGGAAGAUGCACUGAGGGAGAAUGAAGUAGGCUCCUGCUUCAUCUUCCUCGUGGGGACCAAGAAGGACCUUCUGUCAGGGGCGGCGUGUGAGCAGGCCGAGGCGGAGGCUGUGCACCUGGCCAACAAGAUGCAGGCCGAGUACUGGUCGGUGUCAGCCAAGACGGGGGAGAACGUGAAGGCGUUCUUCAGCCGUGUAGCCGCCCUGGCAUUCGAGCAGUCGGUGCUGCAGGACCUGGAGAGGAGGAGCAGUACCCGGCUCCAGGUCGGGAAUGGAGACCUCAUCCGAAUGGAAGGAAGUCCACCUGAGACCCCAGAGAACAGGAAGGCCUCCAGCCUGGGUUGCUGCUAG